AUGUCGUCGAAAAGCCCCCCCUUCCCAGGCUUCACCUCCCUCUCCGACCAAGUCUUCACCCGACCAGGUGAAGCCGUCGAAACCGAAGAGCAAAAGAAGCGUCAAGACUCGGAUCCCACAAUUGUCCUCCUCUACGGCUGGGGCGACGGCCUGCCCAAACACGUCGCCAAAUACGCCGACGGCUUCCGCGAGCUCUUCCCACACGCGACGCAGAUCGUCGUUCUGUCACCCAUCUCCAAAGCCAUGUUCUCCGACCUCCAACAACGAUCCGACUACAUGAUUCCCGUCCUCACCGCCCUCGCCAAGAAGAACACGAACCUCGAAAACGAGCGCAUCCUCAUCCACACCAUGUCCAAUACCGGCGCCGUCAACUACGCCGCCACGCUCAACUCCUACCAAGAAGUGUUUGGCAAGCCUAUGCCUCACCAGCUUCUCAUCCUGGACUCCACGCCCGGCAGCACCGAUCUAUCCUGGUCGAAUAUAGGGCGGUGGUCGCGCGCCAUGGCUCUCGGGACGGCCGCCUGGUUCCCCUGGCCGUUUGGCAUGACGCAGUCCAUCUGGGCUAUGUUUCUGUGCGUAAAUUCGUUUUAUGCGUGGACGAUUGGGCGCGAGAGCGCUGGGGCGUGGAGCGUCAGGGCUGUGAAUAAUGAGCAGUUUGAGGUUCCGGAUGCGAAAAGGCUGUACAUGUAUAGCAAGGAGGAUGAUCUUAUUGGGUGGGAGGACAUUGAGACGCAUGUUGCUGAGUCGAGAGAGUUGGGGAGAAAGGCUGACACGGAGAUGUUUAGCGGAAGUGGGCAUGUUGGACAUAUGAGAAAGUUUCCGAUGCAGUAUUGGGGUGCUAUUCAGAGGGCUUGGCAGGGCGUGUAG